CAAAAGGUCUUUUCCUUGGUAUAUUUUACUCUCCGACGCAAUUAUUUAUAGUUUCUAGUAUAUUUAUUCAUCUUUCAUAUUCUCUUCCCCUAGACUUUCUAUUUCAAAUAAGCAUCGUGUCGAACUCGAAGCCAUGGCUUUCGACAAUCAUCAGAAAGAUGUCCGGGAUCGUUUCCCCGCCCUGCAGCAAGAGCAGGUCUUCUUCGAUAACGCUGGAGGAAGUCAGACUCUCGAUACAGUGAUUGAUUCAAUCAGGGACUAUCUGAGCUCUACAAAUGUGCAACUUGGCGCCUCUUACGCCGUGGGCAAGAAAUCAACGGCUGCUUAUAGCGCUGGAUACCAGGCCGCUGCCAAGUAUAUCAACGCCAACCCUGAUGAGAUUGUCUUUGGCGCUUCAACCACCCAACUUCUCCGCAAUCUCUCAUACGCCCUCAAGUUUAACCCGGGUGAUGAGAUUGUCGUUUCACGUAUAGAUCACGAGGCCAACAUUGCCUCUUGGGUGGAUCUGGCGGAGCGACAGAACCUCAUCCUCAAGUGGUGGAAGCCAGCUCCUGGCCCGAACCCUCAACUCCUUGCUAAAGACUUGGCUGGGCUUUUAUCGUCAAAGACAAGACUCGUCACUUGUACACAUGCAAGCAAUAUCUUGGGAACAAUCACUGAUGUGCGAGACGUGGCGGAUGCGGCCCAUAGCGUCGGUGCCCUUCUGUGCGUUGAUGCUGUAGCAUAUGCUCCGCACAGGCCCAUCGACGUCAAGGCAUUCGGCGUUGACUUCUACUGCUUUUCAUGGUACAAGGUCUACGGGCCUCACAUUUCUAUGCUUUACGGUAGUUGGAGCGCUCAGACUCAUCUCAGAUCCUUGGGCCAUUUCUUCAACCCCUCUGCCACCCUGGAAGACAAACUCGGUCUUGCUGCUGGCUCAUACGAGUUGCUUCAGUCUAUUCCAAAAGUUGUCGAGUAUCUAGACUCCAAGUGGGACAAAGUCAUCGCUCAAGAGGCCAGCCUUCAAUAUGAGCUCCUAAGCUAUCUCAUCGACAAACCAAACGUUACGAUUUAUGGCGUCCCGAAUGAGCAUGUCUCGGAACGAGUAGCAACUAUUAGCUUCUCCGUCAAGGGGUGGAAUUCCAAAGAUCUUGUGGAAGCAGUGGAAAACAAGUCUACGUACGCUUUCCGUUGGGGGACGUUUUACUCGGACCGACUUGUUCGAGAGGCUCUGGGUUUGGGCAAAGAUGGCGUUGUGAGAGUAAGCAUGGUGCAUUACAACACAGUCGACGAGGUGAAAGGACUUAUCCGUGCACUUGAUGAGGUUAUUGGGAAUUCGAGCUAGAGAGCUGAACUAUAAUGAGGAGGCCAUAAAUAGGAUUGCGGUUUCGAGGAUAAAAUCCAUUAGACGAAAUGAGAGUAAGAUCUAUGAACAGACGGCAGGUUUAUCACAUAGUAAACAAUAUAAAUUAUACUCUAGAGUGGCACUUCAAGGAUGUCCCAAAGCUCUACAGCAACAUCCACAUCUUGAGCCACGAUUUGAGUCAUAUACACUUUUCUGC